AUGCAUGUUUCAAGUUCAAAUGACAGUGUAAAGACAGUUUAUGCAAAUACAACAAAGUUCAUUGUAGACCUAAAAGAAAGAACAUGCACAUGUAGGAGAUUCCAGAUUGAUGAAAUUCCUUGUCCACACGCAAUGUCUAUACUCAAAGACAUGAAUCAAGAUCCUUACAAAUUUUGUUCCCAUUACUUCACCAAAGAAACAAUACUGAAGACUUAUGACAAAACAGUUUAUCCGGUGGAAGAAGAGAGUACGUGGAAUGUGCCGGAAGAAGUAGCACAAAAGAUUGUCACACCACCGCAAGGAAGAACAAAGUCAGGAAAGCCUAAGAAGAAAAGAAUGAGAUCUAGUUUGGAAAAAAUAAAUCAUAACAAGUGUAGUAGAUGUCGGCUAUAUGGACACAAUGUGAAGAUAUGUAGGAAUAUGCCUAUGAAAAAAUAA